AUUUCAAUGUUUUAUCUGUGUAGAUAUAUUUAAGAAAGGAUGACCAUCUUGGAUCACUAAUGGAAGGAACAUUGCUUGCAGUAGGUGGUCGAUACGACUACCUGCUCCACCAAAGUGGGGAUUCGGAAUGUAAAUCAAAUCCUCCUGGAGCUGCAGGGAGCAGUCUUGCCUUAGAGACGAUUUUGCAACAUGCUUCUUCUCUAGAGUUCAGACCUUACAGAUAUGAUGUUGUCACUAAUGUUCUUGUUUGUUCAAGAGGAGGGGGUGGUCUAUUAAUAGAGCGGAUGGAACUAUUGGCAGAGCUUUGGGAGGAAAAUAUCAGGGCUGAAUUUGUUCCUCUAUGCGAUCCAAGCCUCACGGAACAGUAUGAAUAUGCUAAUGAGCAUGACAUUAAAUGCCUUGUCAUCAUCACUGACACUUGUGUAUCCCAAAAGGACUCAGUGAAGGUCCGACAUCUUGAGCUCAAGAAGGAAAAAGAAGUGGAGAGAGGAAACCUCGUCAAGUUUCUACUAGAGGCAAUGUCAUCUCAGUUUAGAAACCCAUCCAUCUGGAACUAGGCUCUGUUCAAGCUCACAUUUCCAGCUAACUGAUGGGCUUGUCAGGCCUAGCAAGAGAUAAAGGGAAAUAUCUGCCUAAUGGUCUUCCACACUUUAAGAUCAACAGAAAUGUUGUGGGAGAGCUGGGGCAUCCUUGCCCAAUGUGUCAACUCAGAUGGUAGAUAUUACCGAAUGACACAUUGGAACAUGAAGUCAGUUUAACCAAAUGACAAGUAGGUGCGAAAUGAUAUUAGUGAUUUGUACGGUAAUAAAUGCAACAGGGCUGGAAGAACUAAAUGCAAGACGAUAUCAUUUGUCGUUAUACCUGCUGGAUGAAGUGAAUGCCGUUGCACACUUGAGUGGCAGUAGAACUUGAGAUUGUUGUUCUCCGGAAUCCUCUGCAUCCUUGAGAGAUGGGGCAAUUGUUGCACUUGAACCUUGGUUGACCAGCUACUGGGCUUGCAGUUGCACUGCCCCAUGCGCUGGGACGCUAAACUUACGUUUAAAAGGUGUUUCAUUAUGCACAAGAAGUUCCAGUUGACCAAGGGCUUUUUGAAAUCUAAAAGUUGCUGGUAGUUCCCCAGUAUCUCUUCUCGAAUUUUUUUGCCAUUAAAAAAAAUCAACUUUUCAUUUUCUGUGGCAUAAAGUAGAGAGUGCUUACUGCAAAAUUCUUCUUUAGAUUUAUGAUUGAGAUAUUUUCGAAUAUGGAAAUCAGAUUUUUGUUGUCAUGCACUUGAUCUGAUGAUGCUCAGUGAAGGUGUAAUUUUGUUGAUUGAGUUGUCUAAGGUCAUGUUUGGCAUCCUUAUGUCAACUCAUUGCUUCAACAUUCUUGAAAACUAACUCUUCAUUCCUGGGGUAACAUUUUUUCUAUGACAAAGAUCAAAACCAGUAACUGCGUUCAUCUACCUAAUAACUGCUCUGUGCUUGAAAUGUACCUGAGGAGGAAUCAUGUUGACUUCGUCCCCCCUAUUCAUGUCAGAAUUUGUGUGCUAUGCUGCAGCUAAACCACUUAAAGCAUCUUCCAACUUGUUUCCAUGAUCCUUCUCAGCAACAUUAUUGAACGAGAAUACAGUUCACAGUAGGGGCAACCAGGCUGGGAAAGAGCCUACAGUAACUUUAAGCUUUUGAGAUUGUUACUUUGUUUGUAUGGACAAUUUUGGUAUAACUGAAUAUAUCAAAUGAUAUUCGAUUUUUGACGGAACUGUUAAGGAUAGCACUAUGCAUGAAGUAUUUUUUAUCCUUAUUCAUUGUAAAGGAAAACACUAACUCUCUCAUUUUGAUUUGAAUCGUGUCUUGAGGAAUAUUAA